GAGUUGGAAAAACUUAAUUUUCACUUUUCAAAAAUACAUCGAUGUACACAUGCAUCACAAAUCUGUCUAUAAACAUCCGAAUAACCAAAAUAAAAAUAUUCACAACAUCUAGGGUCAUCAUACCAAUCAAAAUACGCAAGAUAAAUAUGGCGAACUUACCAUUUCAUAGUCAGCUCAGCUGCAGCUAUUCAUUAAUUCCACAGUUUUUGUGUGUAUUAAGAUUAAUUCUACAUCUAAUUGCUUUCAUAAUUUCUCUUAAUACCAGAACUUGCUAACUUGCAGGUGUGAUGCCGAACAUGGAAGAAUGAACAUUACGUCAUUAAGUCUGACAACUACAACGCCCACAAAAAUUUUCCUCAUCCAGUCAAUUAAUUUAACCAAUCAUGAACUACGCAAAACUUUGUGUAAAACAUGAAUGAAAGUUUAUUCGUGUUUAAAUUGUUUUAACUAUCUUAUAAAUAAUGAAAGAAAUGAAAGUGUGCAACGAUUCUUUUUUUUCUUAAGUUUUUUUAAGCCCCAUUUUACCUCCCCCACCCCACAUGUAAAGGCUAGUUAACGGUAAAUAUAAAUGCUAAAACCCUAAACAAAAUGUCAAAGAGAAAGUGUGGAACUGGAAGUGACAUAAGAAGUUUUUUAGUAAAGCAGCCACGCACAGUAAGUAUCUUUGCUUAACACUAAACAUAUUAUAUUUAAUUAAACAUACGUGAAUAUGGGCAUAAUGUAGCUAAUCAUGUUUUUGGCGGCCACUGAAGCACUGUGAUUUAAUACAAAACUGAAUGAAUGUACUACGGACUUAAAGACAUGUAUAAUUUUUUAUAUAUAAUUUUAUAAUUGUUAUAAUUUUGAAAAUCCCAGUCAUAACAUAGAAUUGGGAUGUUGUUUAAAAGUGCUGUAAUUGUCAUUCAGCCUUCAAUGAUGGACAAAUGACAAUAUAUUGCUUAUGUUUGCAAAUGUAAACAUUUAGAUCCUGGGUUGAACUUGUCAAUUUUGUCCCAGAAUCAUACAGAUGUGCCUACUGACAAAGAACAAGAACAGGGAGCAGAAAAUGUAGAGAGGCAGGCAGCUGAUAGCUUGGGAGAGGCAGGGCAAAACUUGACUGUGGAGAUCACAGAGCCGCAGCAAUCAAUCCAGCCAACUCCUUCAAUAGAGUCAGGAAAGCAGGCACCUGAAAAAUACCCAACAACUGAACCAUUUCAGCCUGAUUCUAAACGCAUUGAAGUUCAGAAGUUGACAAACAAAACUCUUAGAUUUCAGGACAGCUGGUUCAAAAGCUUCCCAUGGCUGCACUACUGCUCUGAACUUAAAGGAGUACUGUGUUUUUAUUGCAUUAAUGCCUUCUCCAAACAGACGUCCGCAUUGGCCAAAAAUGCAGAGCAAGCAUUCAUUGCUCAAGGCUUCCGUAACUGGAAACAUGGUCCACAAGCCUUUGAGAAGCAUACGAACAGCAAAGCACACAACAUUGCAGUGAACACAUUCAUACACUCAGAAAGGUCGAUAAAAGUGCAACUGUCCAACAUUUCAAAAACAGCACAAGAGGAGGCAAGUUUAAAUUUGUUAAAGGUAGUGAUUGCUAUUAAAUACCUGACCCAACAAGGCUUGCCUCUGAGGGGACACAACCAAGAGGAAGGACAUUUCCACCAGCUUCUCCUCUUCAUGACAGAGAGUGUUCCUUGUCUGGCAAGCUGGCUCAAACGAAAUCACUGCUACACAAGCCCUGUGAUUCAAAAUUAAAUAAUGAAUUUAUUGAGCAACAGCAUAAUUCGCAAAAUUGCACAGGAAAUUGCUGCUUUACCAGUCGUGCAAUAUUCAAUAAUAAUGGAUGGGACGCAGGACAUCAGUGGUGUUGAGAAAGUGUCUAUCUGCAUACAUUAUGUUAACACAGACCUGGAACCAAGAGAGGAGUUUGUUGGCCUUUAUGAAGCUUCUUCCACAACUGGUGAGCAAAUAGGCAAGAUUGCUUCUGAUGUCCUCCUCCGUCUAAACCUUCCCUUUUCCAGUCUGCGUGGUCAAACCUACGAUGGAGCAGCCAACAUGUCUGGGCAACCGCUUGCUACCUUUGUUCAUUGUGGCCCCCACUGUGUGAACUUGGUCACACAAGCAGCCUGUUCAGCCGCACCAAUAAUUCGGGAUUCUCUGCAAUGGAUCCAUGAGCUGGGCUGUUUAUUUGGCCAGUCAGGCAAAUUUAAAACAAUUUUUAAGUCUGUGGCAAAAUCUACAUCUGGCUGCUAUACAACACUGAAACCCUUGUGUCCAACUAGAUGGACAGUGCGUACACCAGCCAUCAAUUCUGUCCUCACCCAAUAUGAAGCUGUCUUGACAGCACUGGAGAAAAUGGCAUCAUCCAGCACACAUGACACUGCCUCCAAAGCCAAUGGCCUUCGUGAGCGUUUCCAGAAAGGAAACACUGUCCUUGGACUGCUGUUGACACAGGACAUCAUGAUAGGCCUUGAAGGCCUGAACACCUCACUGCAAGGGAGAGAAGCAACAGUCGGAGGCAUGCUAAGUGCAGUUGAGUGUGUCAAAAAUGGCUUUCAGAACAAAAGAUCAGAUGUAAGUUUCAGAGAGCUCUACAUACAGGCAUCUGAGGUGGUAACAUCACUGGACCUUGAGGCAAUAACAGUACCACAUUUAAGAAGGCCUUCUACAAGACAUGCUGGCCCAGCUCAGCCCUACAUUCCGACUACAGCUGAGGAGUACUAUCGUGUGCAGUUCUUCCUAGUUCUUGAUACAGUGAUGACACAGCUGACACAUCGAUUUGAACAGGAGGGUCUGCGCAACAUUGUCAUGCUUGAAAAUGUCCUAAUCUCUGGACAAGUCAACGACAUUGUUGAACUGUACCCAGAGCUGGAAUCCCAGUCCCUAAAGGUGCAGAUGGCCAUGUUUCGUGCAAAUUAUAAAUACCAAAGUUGUACAGAAGUGGUCAAUAUUUUGAAGAACAUGGUACCUGAGGUCCGUAGACUCUUCAAGCAAGUGGAGACUCUGGUCCUCUUACUUAUCUAG